GUGGCUGUGCACUGGCAAGGUGGUGCGAACAAGCCGGCUGCGCAGGUCCUGCGGCCUCGGGCCUCCUGGUUGCCCAACACGCACCGGGGGAGGGCCGCAGCCGCUGAUUAAAGGCUGCCUGGAGCAGCCCAUGUGGAGACAGGUGCCAGCAGCCAGCAGCCCAGGACGCCAGCCAGCACCUGCCCCAGUUUCAGGCCUUGUCACCUCUGUGAGAAGAUCGCCAUGUCCAAGCCGCCCCGGGCUGAGACCUUUGUCUUCCUGGACCUGGAAGCCACUGGGCUCCCCAACAUGGACCCUGAGAUCGCCGAGAUCUCCCUCUUUGCUGUGGACCGCUCCUCCCUGGAGAACCCGGAGCGAGAUGAGUCCGGGGCCCCUGUGCUCCCCCGCGUCCUGGACAAGCUCACACUGUGCAUGAGCCCGCAGCGCCCCUUCACCGCUAAGGCCAGCGAGAUCACCGGCCUGAGCAGUGAGGGCCUGGCGCGGUGCCGGAAGGCGGGCUUCAACGGUGCAGUGGUGCGGACGCUGCAGGCCUUCCUGAGCCGUCAGGAGGGCCCCAUCUGCCUCGUGGCCCACAAUGGCUUUGAUUAUGACUUCCCUCUGCUGUGCACGGAGCUGCAGCGCCUGGGUGCCCACCUGCCCCAGGACACUGUCUGCCUGGACACACUGCCGGCACUGCGGGGCCUGGACCGUGCCCACAGCCACGGUACCCGGGCUCAGGGCCGCAAGGGCUACAGCCUGGGCAGCCUAUUCCAUCGCUACUUCCAGGCUGAACCCAGUGCGGCGCACUCUGCCGAGGGUGACGUGCACACGCUGCUGCUCAUCUUCCUGCACCGUGCUGCCGAGCUGCUUGCCUGGGCUGACGAGCAGGCCCGCAGCUGGGCACAUAUCGAGCCCAUGUACGCGCCACCUGAUGGCCCGAGUAUUGAGGCCUGAGCACCUGCUUGUUCACUUGCUCACCUGCCUGGCCCAGCUCAGGCCGGUAGCUGGCACAGACUGGGGCCUUGCUGCACCUCUGCCUGGCCCUGCCCAGUGGGGAGCCCCGGGCCCGUGCACCUGCCAGGCUGCUGGCCUGCCCUGUCUCGACUGCCCGUAGGCCCCAGCAACGUGUUCUUCCAGGGUUCCCCUUCCCCAUUUCUCAAUAAAUAUCACCAGUUUCUCACCA